UUGGUACAAUGAUGGUUAAGGAACGGCAGCUGUGUGUGAUGCUGUUGUUCCGCUGUUUUCUCAUUGCUGUAACGGUCAUGAGUCUGGCAAUUUUUGACUUUGUUGGAUCCUCAUUUUCACAUUUGGGCUCCCUUUUUACAUAUGGGCAGGUGCAAGAGAAUUCUAACUCAACAACGACCAUUGCAACCACCACAACAACAACUACCACAACAACCACCUCCAGCACGACGACAACCACUACUACUACACGUGUCAAAAAAUUUAUAGCAGCCGCUGUCCACUCUCACUUCGAUGACUGCCCAGACUCCCACAGCCACUUCUGUUUUCAUGGCACAUGCCGCUUUCUCAUACUGGAGGAAACACCUGCAUGCGUAUGUCAUCCUGGCUUUGUAGGUAUGCGAUGCGAACAUGCAGAUCUCUUGGCUGUGGUGGCGUCUAACCACAGGCAACAGACCGUGGCCACCAUGCUGGUGUUGUGUGUGGUGGGCAGUGUUCUACUCAUGCUGCUCUGCACUUUACUAAAUUGUUGGUGGAGACGGGGUGGUUGUGGGCGAGGUAACACCAUUUCGUGUUGGUCGGAGAAGCCUAGGAGUAUUUUGACGGGUGGGACAUCCUGCUGUCACUCAGAAACAGAAAAUGUUCCUUAUGCACAAGUGGUUUGACCUGCGUUUUCUGAAGCUCACGCAUGUGCUCUCUUAAAAAUGAGACCACAAAAUCUUCCAUCUUACUCCUGGACUUUGCUAUGACUGCGUUUCUCAGACUGGCACAGCUGGUAAGCGCAGCACAUAUUGAGAGCAUUUCGAUGUGGGCAGUGGGAGAACUCAAUCAAACAUGGAACUUUACAUUCAGACAGACUGUGUCAUUCCAAAAAGGAUAUUUUUGGAACAACAACAACAGCAAUAACAAGAGUUAAAGAUGGAACUCAAAAACUGAGAAACUCUGAAAGAAGAACUCAGAACAAGCAACAUGGAACUCAACUACAGGAUCCAGUGAUGUAGAGACAGGGCCAUUUGGAAUAAGGUACAGAUCGAUGGGCAAAAAAACUGAUCUGAAAGUGAAAACUAUGAGAGAGGUUUUAGAGAAAUCAUUCUUACUAACAGAGCUUAUCUUAAAGCUAUAAAUAUUGUUAUAGAUGUAUAAGACAACACUCUCCCAGUUUUUGUCUUUUAAAAUACUGUUAUUAUAAGAAAAACACUAAUAAUAUGCCAUUGAUGGGAUGUGAAACUCACUAAAAAGUAGUUUAAUAUAUACUUUUUAACAAGGAUAUAAUAUCACAUUAUUUGCUGUUAUCACGUUAAUGGAUAAAGAAUGGGAGAUAACAUUAAAGUCAGUCAGGUAGCAUAGUAAUAUUAAAACUACAACAGACUCUUUUGCCAAUUUAUUUUAGCUUGAUCUCCUUAUAAUGUUGAUUAAAAAAAAUCGUAAACAACUUUUCAUAGAUUAACAGCAAACAUGAGACACUAUAGCUGGCUCUGAGGGACAAAUAAUAUAUUUGACACAUUAUAACACUUUUAAUUUUUUUAUGUUUUUUAAUAAAAAUAUUGGAAAUGUAUGGUGAAAAAAUUCACAAUUUUGACAUGUAACUUGAAGUUAUGCAUAGAUUCACAAAUCUAACACGAUAUUUUCUUCAUGCACAAAAAGUGCUUGUUCCUAUAAUGUGCUAUCAAAGAUUUGUCAACAUCAGUAGGGUAAAUGGUUUGUAAACGGAGCCUCAGUCUGUUCACUAUUUUUAGUCACGGUAUGACGUCACAUAACAUCUGCAUGUUCACAUAUGGUAUGAUUGGAUGCAUGUAUGUCGGAUCACAUAAUUACACAUAUUUCACUGUACACUUGUGUGAUGUACAUUUCAAACACAUUGUGAAUACAGUCACCUUUAGAUCUACACUUUUGUUUUCCAUGAUGGAUGUUUGUGGAAUAACUCACUUGAGGAAUAAAACACUUCACUGUAUCCUAAAGUGCACCAUUAUCAUGUUUAUUGGGGCACGCAUAUGCAUACAGAGGCACAAAUCAUUAUUGAUAUUAUUCAGUUUGAUGCACACUGUCCAUAUUAACUUAUGCUUAUAUUAGAUAUAUGGAAAUUUUUACACUGAAAUAUUUUAAUCCAUAUGUUUAUUUUGUUCUCAUUGUCUUAUCUGUCCCCAAACUUUUGCCAAUCUCAUGUUAUAAAACAAAUGUUGAUUGACCCUUAAGGUCAGAGGGUUUAUAUAUAUCUUUAUUUUGGAAUGUCAAAAUGUGGUGCUGGUACAAAUAUAAAAUGUGCCAUUGUAUGUUUUAUUCAAUCAAAACCCUUCUCGGAAGCUGGCAAAUGACUGAUCUAGUACAAAAAAGAAAAGAAAGAAAAUGAUUUGGUGGGCUUAGAUUUGGCCGUGUUCUGUUAUGAGAUCGUGGAGGCAUUUACUGAAGUCUGAUCACUGUGUGAAGAUUCAUGAAAUAUUUGAUAUAAUGAUCCCAAAAGUCAUCCAAGUGAUAAAUUAAACACUUAGGCUGUUAGCAUGGGCAACAUUUGCGUUAUUGUCUAUGUGAAUGAUUUUGAUCAGCCUGAAAGAACAGAUUCAGGAUGAUUGAUCUAUGUUUAUUUAUUGAUCUGUGUGACUGAUCCUGAUAUGUAACUUAAUUAUAAACAUUUAUUAUAUGAACAAACAAAUGUGAUUGAUUGUAUAAGGACUGCGUAUAAAAUUCACGAAAAAUGAGUGAAUGAGAGUGCAAUGACGGAAAAGAAAAUGCAUGUAAUUGAGUGUUAAACCUCAGAUAUAUCAAAUGUAAUGUUUGUUUGUUUUUGUAACGUAAGCAUUGGAAAUUUCGGACUGAACAGUUUUGUAACAUGCAGUCGUUGCAUAAUUUCCAGAUGUGGAAUUGCAGUCAUCCGUUAUGAUGAUGUCACACUCAUAGACUAACAGAUGAAUUGGCCUUAGACUAAAGAUGAUGCUCAGUGUCGCAUCUCUUGCUUUGUUCCAACUGAAUCCUGUUUAAACCUGGUUAACUGCUUAUUGACUGACAUUUAUGUAUGAUAUACUGUAAACACCAUCCGUCGUUCUCUUUAAAAUACUGUCUUGUUUCAUGUUGGGAAAAAUGCUUUGUAAAUAAUGUGUGGGAAUAUUAUUUUGGUUGUUCUGUAUAUGGAGAAUGAGCUGUUUUCUUGACUAUCACUGAUCAUCAGUCAAGCAUGAAGGUAAGAGUUAGAUGAUUCCAAUAAGACUGUCACAUGCUUGGCUGUAUGACAUUUUGUUGAGUGUUUUGACCUCUUUGUCUAAGUUUGCAUAUUUUUCCAAAUAUCACAAAGUGCGGCAAAUUUUGGACUGGACCUGAUUCUUUCUUACCUAUCGUAAUUUCUCGUUUCAUCAAACUUUUUAUGAAGCACACUUCCUCCUUGCCAAGUUAUAAACCGCUAUGUCCAGAUGUAUCCUCCAUCAUCUGAAUACUUUAAAAGGGUCAAACAAAGAGCCAGAGUGCUCUUUUUGCUGCGGGUAAAGCUUGGCUCCUUUAUUUACUUAUUUGCCGAUUUAUUUAUUUGUUUGUUUGGCUA